AUGGGUCGGAUUCCAUGUUGUGAAAAGGAGAAUGUGAAGAGAGGACAAUGGACUCCUGAAGAAGAUAACAAAUUGGCUUCUUAUAUUGCUCAACAUGGUACUCGUAAUUGGCGUCUCAUCCCUAAGAAUGCUGGGUUGCAAAGAUGUGGGAAGAGUUGUAGGCUAAGAUGGACGAACUAUUUGCGUCCUGAUUUGAAACAUGGCCAGUUCUCCGAAGCUGAAGAACAUAUCAUUGUCAAGUUUCACUCUGUUCUUGGUAACCGGUGGUCGUUAAUAGCGGCGCAGCUUCCUGGUCGGACAGACAACGAUGUGAAAAACUAUUGGAACACAAAGCUGAAGAAGAAGUUGUCGGGAAUGGGAAUAGAUCCAGUGACACACAAGCCUUUCUCGCAUCUAAUGGCAGAGAUCACCACUACACUCAACCCCCCUCAAGUUUCUCACCUAGCUGAAGCUGCUCUCGGUUGUUUCAAAGAUGAGAUGCUUCACUUGCUCACCAAGAAACGGGUUGACCUAAACCAAAUCAACUUCCCAAACCCUAACCCCAAUCCAAAUAACUAUAACCAGAUUGCUACUGAUAACGAAGCUGGUAAAAUAAAAAUGGAUAGUUUAGAGGCAGGGAAUGGAAUAAUGAAGCUAUGGGACAUGGGAAAUGGAUUCUCAUACGGAUCGUCUUCGUCGUCGUUUGGGAAUGAGGAAAGGAAUGAUGGAUCAGCUUCUCCUGCGAUAGCGGCAUGGAGAGGUCACGGAGGAAUACGCACGGCCGUGGCUGAAACCGCGGCGGCGGAAGAAGAAGAGGAAAGAAGGAAGCUGAAGGGAGAAGUGGUUGAUCAAGAAGAGAUUGGAUCUCAAGGAGGACGAGGAGAUGGAAUGAUGAUGAUGAGGAGCCAUCAUCAUCAACAACAACAUCAACAUGUGUUUAAUGUGGAUAACGCCUUGUGGGAUUUACAAGCUGAUGAUAUCAUCAAUCAUAUGGUUUGA